AGGUAAACAAAAUGUGUGCGAGCGAGGAUCACCGGCGAGGCAUGGCUGGGCCGCCCUGACGAUAUAUUUCCUCGCCUUGUUUUCCCUUGAUAUGUGACGCACGUGGACACAGCGAGGGACACCGCCACCGGGACGUGCUGUGGGGCUGUGGCUGCCAAGACAGCUACCAUUGCCCCGGGAACGCUCCACAAGAGGUGUGUUCGCUAUGCUGUGGUGCGUCCGCCACAGCGCUGUGCACCACCUCAGGAGUCACAGAAAGUGCCUCUCCCUCGCCCUAGCCUCAAGGCUGUGUCACCGAGGCAGCAACAGCGGUGAGCUACCAUGCGCCGCUCCAAGCUCUGCACCCCUAGAGGAGGUGGUAGCGUUUCGUCGGCAGCAGGCCCAGCGCUCCCUACUGGUGGAGGUGGCAGGGCCAGCAUCAGCCCAGGAGCUGUGUCGUGUCUGUGGCCUGCACGGCACUGUGGCGGCACUCUUCCACUACACAGUGCCAGCGAGGGGCUCUACAAGUAGGAAGGAAAUGAUACUUGUGGAAUUUGCCGAAGCUACAAGCAUCGACGAAGCCUUACGUCACACUGUACAUCCCCCCCUGAAGGACUGCCCCCCCUCCUACACCCCCCAAGUCUGGUUAUCAGCUGCAGGGGGGCACACUACUACUAUUACUACUACUACUACUGCCUCUACUACUACUACUGCCACUACUGCCGCUACUUUGGUUUCGACAGCGCCGGUUACGGAGGAGGAGUUGACGAGGAGGUUGGCGGAGUGUUCGAGCAUCUCGGAGCAGGUUCAGACUCUACACGACUCACAGCGACUCACGGAACUCGGCUGGCGACUCAGGUUCUUCACAUGUCGACAGAUCGAGGCCGCUUUGAAGGGACUGUUUCCGAGGGCAGCCGUUCUACCUUUCGGAUCUUCGGUUAACUCCUUCGGCCACAGGGACAGCGACCUCGACAUGACCCUAGAGCUGUCUGGCGAUGGGGGCAUGGAAGCGAGGGGAGGAAGCGGGCGGUUGGUGUUCCAGGGCAAGGCCUCGUCAACGCCGGCCAACCAGAGACUGACCUUGCAGCGGAGGAUGGAGGUCAUGGCGGAACUCCUUGACCACUUCAUGCCAGGAUGCUCACAGGUGCGGCGAAUCUUGAAUGCCAAAGUGCCGAUCAUAAAAUAUCGGCAAGACUUGACAGCCAUCGACUGCGAUCUCACCAUGGCCAACAGGUCAGGGUACCACAUGAGCCGUAUGCUGCACCUCUAUGGCUCCUGUGACCCCCGCGUGGCUCCCCUGGUGUGUGUGCUGCGGCGCUGGGCAAGGUCGCGCGGCUUGACCUCACCCCAGGCCGGCCGAUGGCUCACAAAUUUCUCCCUGACGAUGCUGGUCCUGACGUACCUAAUGAACACCUCCCCCCCCCUCCUCCUGCCCCUCGCGACCCUAAAGGUGACAACAGACAGUGACCCCGAGACCGGCGACCCCUCCUUCACCAUACCACCCCAGAGCACUGCCGCCGCCGCCUCCACCGCCGAAGGGAACGCCCAGACCCUAGAGGACCUGCUGAGGGGCUUCUUCGCCCAUUACGACAAGUUCAAGUUCAGGGAGCGAGGAUUGUCAAUUGUCAACGGAAGGGAUUUUGUCAAGCCUGUUCACUGUGCUUUGUAUAUACAGAACCCACUGGAGCGCGACCUCAACGUGAGCCGCAAUGUGACCCUGGAGGAGGUGGAGCGCUUCAGCACGGAGGUCACCCACGCACGAUACCUAAUGGAGGCCGAGAAUGAGGAAGGCGACAGCAGCAACACAUCAAUCCUCUGGGGUGCACAGCGGCUCUGGCAACGCAGCGGAACAACAUCAACAUCAGCGGCAAGACACAACGAGAAUUUUCACGCGAUCGACUGGAACGCCGUAUUUAAACCCGACGACACCAACGCACGGACGAACAAGGCCGCGGGGGGGUCAGGCGGGGCAGGAGGUCAAAGAGCGCAGGCUGAGGUCACGGGUAUGAGGUCACCGGGGGGUCAGAAUCGGUUUACGCAGCAGGAGUUAUCAGGUCUCGUGUCGAAACUCAAACAGAAAGCACAGGAAAAAAAAACGCAGCCCAUCAGACAAACGCGUAAGGGGAAGGUCAAGAGGUGAGAGGUGCCGGCACUCUUGUAUGGCCCUCGGAGCGGUGCCGGAGUGCCAGGUGCCCGGGGAGAGCUCUGGCCUGGGGUGCGGCUUGGCUUGGCGUCCGCUGUCAGUGUAAAUAUUUGAUUCAUUCCGGGAAAUGGAGGAGGAGGAGAGAGUUGAGGAAGAGGAAGAGAAAGGAAGAAGAAGAAAAAGCCUUGGAGGAGGAAAUGAAGGAGGAGGAGGAGGAGGAGGAGGCACUGUUGAUUUUUUUCUGAUUUUGUAAUAAUAAAAAAAAUGUAAAAUUGCGUGUGUGUAUGUAUGUGUGUGUGUGUGUGUGUGUAUGUGUGUGUGUGUGUAGGCGCUUGUAGUAAUGU